AAAAGCCUCUGCUAUCUGCUCGAAUCUCCCUCUUUAAAAAUCAAUUGUGCACGAAAAAGGCUGUUUAGGCCUAAAAUAAAAACACAGGUUGUGCGUUUAUUUGAAUGCACAGCCAGGAGCGACAAGGCGUCCCUGCGUCGUGCGGAGGGAAGAACAGCGGCGACGCGGAGAGGGUGUUGUCCUGAUGCUUAAAUGGAAGUGGGAGGGCCUCCGCGGUCACACACUGCCAAGUUCUCUGUGGAUAUCACCCUGACACUUUGUUAUUUGUUCGUUUAUGGACUGUCCUCACGGUAAGACAGAGGUUGUGAGAGCUGCGUAAAGCGUCUGUUCCGGACUCUGCUCUAUCUUUUCUUCAGUACUCGAUGUGUGCUUGAUUGUACUGGCGCUUGGCACCGCCCUUCCUGGCCGGUGGGUGGUUUCGUCAAAGGGACAGAUCCGCCACGGCUCAGCGCCGAACAUAUAGGCCGUCCUCCGCCUGUGUACCCGGCCGGCCUUCUACCGUGAACUACACCCUCUCCCUCUCGGUAUAUUAAUGCGUUAUGAGUGACUCUAAGAAAGACUCAUCUGGAACAGAAGGAGGGAAAGCAUCUAAAAAGGGCAAAAGCACUGGAUCUCAGGAUUCCUCCCAGCCCUCCCCGUUGGCUCUGCUAGCUGCCACCUGCAGUAAGAUCGGGGGACAAGGGGGAACAGAGGGGGCUCAGACCCAGGUCCAGACUGGUCAGAUCCAGCUGCAGGCUGGUCAGCUCCAGGGGCAAAUAGUGUUGGACGCAGCCGGGGCUCAAACACUGGUGCCCCAACAGCUGGAACUGGUUCCAGCUCAAUUCACGGGCAACGGCUGGCAGAUCAUUGCAGCGGCUCCAACUAUGGCCAAGGAGAACAACAAUCAGCCUGUAGCUGUCACACUGGCCCCCACCUUGGUCAAUGACAGCUCUCCUGGUGGACGCAAGGUGAAGGCAGUUGGUGGGACCAAUAGUGUAGCAGCCGGGCAGCAGCAGUUCCAGAUCAUUCAGGUUCAGAAUCUGCCCAAUGCUGGCAGCGGGGUCCAGUACCAGGUCAUCCCACACCUCCAGACUGCAGAUGGACAGCAGAUUCACAUCAGCUCAGCCCAGCCCACGUCCAUUGGGGCUUUAGCAGAACAAGUUCAACUCAUACCAACUCAAAGUCCUGGCCAGACCCAGACCAUUCUGCAGCCUUCUACCCAGCAGGCCAUCUUAACAAGUACAGCCAAUCAAACUGUCCCACUCCAGAUUCGCCCUGCCCAGUCUUUCCCAAUCCAGCUCCAGACUAUUCAAGGCUCCCAGACCCCCAUGAUGACCACUGUACCUAUAAACCUUGGAGGCAUGACCCUAGCUUUACCUGUCAUUAAUAAUGUUGGUACCACUGGAGCUGUGCAGUUAAUUCAAUCUGCAGAUGGCACAUUAUCUGUUGCUAACAGUAACCAGUUGGUGGCAACAGCCGUGUCAGGGGCGGCUCCAGCUCCAGCUGCCCCAGCAGGGGCUGUGAGUGAGGGUGAUGGCACAUCAGAGGGGACGCAAGUAGUGUCUGCGGGAUCAGAGGGAGGGGCUGACAUCCAAGCACAAGGAGGUGAAGUGGACUCUCAGAGCCAGGCCAAUGGAAUACAGAACCAGAGCGACUCCACUGGAAGCAUCCAGCAGGUGAUCGUGGGCCAGGUCGGACACCAGUUGGUUCAGCAGAUCCAACUGCAGCCCCAGACUCAGGGUCAGGCCCAAGGCCAGCAGUCACAGGCCCAGCAUAUUCAGACAGUUCAGCUGGCCCCAGGACAAACGCUGCAGCCCAUUCAGGCUUUCCAAAACCCCGCACAGGUCCUCAUCCGCACACCCACACUGUCGCCCUCAGGACAGAUCACCUGGCAGACCCUGCAGCUACCCGGAGGAGUGUCCCUGCAGGGGGGGUUGGGCACUGCUGUGCCUCAGCAGCUCACACUGGCUCCAGUGGCCAGUGGUGCUACAGUUGGGGGUGGAGGCCUGGUGUCCCUCAGUGGAGCACCACUGACUUUGAGUGCGGCCCAGAUUAACCCAGGGUCUGGAGUUCAGACCGUCAGCAUUGCGGGACUAGGUGCUGCUGGGGUCCAGGUGCAGGGUGUUCCUCUCACCAUUACUGGUCUACAGAGUCAACCACAAAGCCAGGAGGGAGUCAAAGUUCAACCAUCUCAAGUGACCGUCACUGUUGGCAACAUGGCAUCAAGCUCAUCUCUGAGUCCAGACCAGUUGGGCUCUGUUCAAAGCUCCUCAGACCAGGAAGGAGUGCCCAGUAAGAGGCUACGUCGUGUGGCCUGCUCCUGUCCCAACUGCAGGGAUGGGGAGGGAAGAAAUAGUGGAGAUCCCUCAAAGAAAAAGCAGCACAUCUGUCACAUGGAGGGCUGUGGGAAGGUGUAUGGGAAGACAUCUCACCUGCGAGCGCAUUUACGCUGGCACACAGGCGAGAGGCCAUUUGUUUGUAACUGGAUUUUUUGUGGAAAGCGGUUCACAAGAAGUGAUGAGUUACAAAGACACAGGAGAACACACACAGGGGAAAAGCGAUUUGAGUGCCCAGAGUGCUCUAAGCGCUUCAUGCGAAGUGACCACCUGUCCAAGCACAUCAAGACUCAUCAGAACAAGAAAGGCGGAGCGGCAGUGGCCAUCAUCACUACUGACGACCUGGAGGAGGAUGUAGCCGAGGGCUUGGGCUCGUCUCCACAGAUUGUUGCCGUGGGAACUCUGAAUCGAGACUCUGACCCAGCCACACCCACAACCUCCAAUCACAUGGAGGAGGAGGAAGAUGAGGAGGCAGCUGACUCUUGCUUGUACACAGAAGGAUAAUUUCCUGUUUCUGAAACCUGCAGAUUCUAAAUGAUGGCCGUGUCACGAUAUAUACAAUUUAAAGGAAUUUGAAAAAGAUAUGAAGAUAGUAGAUAAAAUACCUUUGUGUAAAAAUAGUUGGCUUUUAUAAAAUUAAUCUAUCAUUCCAUCUGCAGUGGGGAAAGUAAAAUGAGAUUAGCACAAGACCCGAUGACAAAAAACAUCACUAAAAAGAGACCUUUCCUAAUCAUGGCAGAAUCUCUAUGCACAAGGUUGCGUUCUGUUUCUUAUGUACAUUUCCCGCAAUGCUGAGGGUCAAUCAUACUUUAAGACUGUUUAAAGCUGUGAAAGAGCAGUUGCAGUCCUGAGAUGGAGAGGGUAUUUUUGUGCAUGUCGGUAUGAGUGACCGUGGA